AGGUCGCCAAAAAUCAUUCCGCGUAAUAGGGGAGAUAAACUCUAAGCGAAGGCGAAAAGUAAGAUUUUAAAAAAUAAUAAAUUUCACCCUCAAAGCAUUAAAGAAUUAAUCAGUAAAGCUGGCAAUGAAUUGAUGUAACGGUAAAUCAUAUGGAUGUAAAAAAAAUUGUAUAUUCGUCAAACACAUUAACUAUAACGAACUAAUUUGUUGUAUAACAACUACAACUGUAUAUUCCCCUUCUCCUACGGUGUUAAAAUUUUUAGUGCAUACCGAAAUUUUUGUUUCUAAAUUUAAUAUCAUGUAUUCUGUGAACAUUUUAAAUCUCUCUUAUUUCUCCAAUCGCAAUCGCUGCUCCUCUUUUUUCCCCUCUCCCUCUCUCUCCUCUCUCUCUCUCUCUCUCUCUCACUCCCUCUCUCUCUCUCUCCCUCUCUCUCUCUCUCUCUCUCUCUCUCUCUCUCUCUCUCAUCUUGCAUGCCGCCUUUUUGAUGUUCAAAGAAUGUUCAUUGAAACUGAAAUAUUAAUUUCAAAAGUUGAUAAUGUUAAUGUUAGUUGAGCUCUGAAAGUGGGGUGGGGUGGGUGGAGCACAGACACCAUGGGGGGAUCACACAUGCAUUAUGAGCUCUUCCCUCAUUCAUUCUUCCUUUCGAAAUAAUACUGAUUGUGUCCCAAAUAUAAGUGAAAGGAGGAUUUUUUUACAUCCAUUUUAUAAAAAGUCUAUUUAACUUUGAAUAGGUUCCCAAGACUAGUAACUAGUACUAGUAACAGCAGCGUAAGGUAGCUUAGGCUUAGGAAAAAAUUAUUCAGUAUGUACGUGCCUCCUUGUGAUUUGAAUGAGUACUAAAUUAUUCAUGAGCAUAAUUUAUUUUAAUAAUAAUUUUGAUUUUUUUUUGUUUAUUUUUUUGUAUUUAAUUAUUAAUUUUUUUAAUUGACAUAAAUAAAAAUACCUUUUCAGAUGUCUGAAGUUGAUGAUUUGUAUUUUCAAUGGAUGAAUGAAGCCCUGGUGCUUGCUGAAGAAGCAUUAAAAGCUCAAGAGGUUCCAGUUGGGUGUAUUAUUGUUUAUAGUAAUAAAAUUAUUGCCACUGGUGGUAAUGAAGUCAAUGAAACCAAAAAUGCUACACGGCAUGCAGAAAUAAUUGCCAUAGAGAGGGUACGAGAAUUUUGUCGUAAAGAAGAACUUUCUGAGAAAGAGAUUUUUAAAUUUUCAACUCUUUAUGUAACUGUUGAACCUUGUGUUAUGUGUGCUGCAGCUCUAAGGCAAGUUGAAAUUCCUGUUGUUGUAUAUGGAUGUGCCAAUGAAAGAUUUGGAGGCUGUGGGUCUAUCUUAGAUGUUGCAAGAGAUGAAGCAAUAUCAAAUAGCAUUGGACCCUGCAUUGAUGUCAUCGGUGGUAUUCUGGCUGAUAAGGCCAUUCAUUUAUUGAAACAUUUCUACAAAGGGGAAAACUUGAAUGCACCAGAUCACAAAAGAAAGAGAAAGAACAAUGCCUGACCUUUUUUUCUGUUUUUUUACAUAAUUUAUAUAAAAAAUGUAUUCAUUUAUCAAGAACAUUUGCCAUAUUUAAUAAACCAGUCUAGUAAAAUAAA